CGAGGCAGUGGGGGGCAAUGUGGGCAGAUAGUUGAACACGAAGAAGACAUCUGCGAAUGCAAUUGGUUGGAAUCUUCCCGACAACAAUUUCAAAGUAUAGUACAGUUGAGUGACACGCCAAAAUCUUUUUCCUGUUAAAAUAUUUUGUUCGGUUAACGUGGCGCAAUGACCUGCCUAAUUUGUGCCAAUUCGAGCGGCACGUCUUUUGCUUUGCUGUUUUGACAUACAACGAGACCAGUUUUGGGGCUACAGACACCUUGGGGGGGGAAAAAAACAUUUGCCAUUAGAGCUCUCCUGUUUUGGGUCAUACCAGCCUAGUUGCAACAACCGCCAGGAGGAGAUUCACUAUGGAUCAUUUGGUACUGGGGUGUUCUUCAGCUGUUGCAGAAACGGAUGAAAACAUACCCCCCAAUGCAAAGGAACAAACUAAAAGGCAGCUUUUGCGUGACGAAUACUUUCCCGAUCUUACUCUCCUUGAUGUCACAUGCAAUCAGACUGAUAAUGAUUUAUCUUUAGUUGAAAACAUGGCAAAAUCACCUCAGACCGUGAGGACGUUGGUCCCAAAGCCUGCUAGGCUAGUGGAAAUCCCGAACAACCCCAUUCUGACUCCAAAAGUGGAGGUAAACAAAGCAAGUGUCAGGCAACCUUGCAACUUGGAUACAAAUGCUUCUAUGUUUUGGUUGGAUAAAGAGUGCUUACCGGACAUCACCGAAUACUCGUUCGAUUCCACGAUUCACCAAAAUGCAAACUUCACUAUCAACUUAACUACAUCUGAUAUGCAAUUAAUCAUCAGUUCAGAGAAAGCAACGGUAGACUCAAAUUUAGAACAUGUAGAAACAUUUAGUCUUGACGAAGCAACCACCAAAACCUCAAAGCCUUCAUCUCCAUCCCAGAUAACCUGCCCGCAAAGUGAUGAUACGGGGAUGUCGCGAAGCAAUCCAAGUGGCUCUCCCCACAGAAUUUACGACGUUAAACUUCCCUCUCAGUCCAAUGUCACAUUAGUCAUGUCCAAAAGCACUUCUGGUCACAAAGACACUUUUGAAGCUGAAACUCCCGCAUGCAAUAGUACAAUAAGCUUGUCGGACAGCAGUUCCGGUGGCAUUCACCGAAACACCUUUGACACUAAACCUGCUCAGCCCAACGGCACGAUAAGCAUGUCUGAAAGCCGCUGCAGCGACGCUCACCGCGGGACUUUGGAUGGCAUGAGAACCAUUUCGAUAAUCCAUUCAAGUGACAGUCACACAAACACGACACAACCUCAGUCUGAACCCGUCGGCAUGGACGCCGACGCUGAGGCGAAGGAAAUUAAGCGCCUUCAAGUGACGUUUGAGGCCAGUCUUGGUGAAGCGAGGGCAUCCAAGCCCGGUCAAUGCGAGACUAAGGAUUAUUCGCAAUCGCAGGCUUUUGACCCAACUGUGGAUCCAGAUGAACACAGCAAAGCAUUGCAUCUAGAUGACAUUAUCGAGUUCAGGCACGAGAAUUUCUGUUCUUCCACGCCGUUGACUAUCGGCAAAAUGGCUCCCGCCGCCGCCAAGUCGUGUGGGAGCAAAUUGUUGCUGGUUGAGGACGCUGACAGUAAGCCAGAACUUCAGAUGGCGGCCUGUCCACCAUCAGACGUCAGCUCGGUUCAAAAGACGCCCUCGUCUCAACCUGUCGUCAAAACGCUGCUGCCGUCCUCCAAGCUGCCGUCACUGCUGAAGAAGUUCAAGCCGACAACGUUGCUCCCAGGACGUGGGGAGAUGCAGGCGACGGGGCUCCCCUCCAGGAGGCAAAUUGUGACCAGCGCGCUUCAGCAGAGUUCUACGGCGUCCAGCUCGUCCAACCAGCAAGCAACCAGCACGGCAUCGAGGCCGCCAAAGUCUGGGGGGGAGAGGCCACUGCCGAGUGGGAGGCCCUCAAACCUCCCGAGAGGGCCCUCGCAUCAAAGACCAUCGACAAGGAGCAGCGCGCUGGCUUCUUCAAAUGCUGAUAAAAAAUCGUCUAAUGCAACCGCCACCGUUCCCCAGUCAAGGAAGCGGGACCCAAGUCGAGAUGGGAAUUCUUCAGCAAAGAAAAAGACAAAGACUGGUGGCCCCACAUCAGCCAGUCAAGUUGUGGCACCGGCGCCUCCUGCGGCGGCGACAAGCGCCCUCAAAACGUCGAGGCAGCCGACGCAAUCACAGCGACCACCGUUGUCGAGAACCUCAAAAGACGGUUGGUGGGAAUUGAUCGGCAUGGUCCGAAAUACACGUACCAGGUGGUCUCGAAAGUUUAUUGACCUCGUCAUCCACGCCGCGGUGUCGUCAAGGGCCGCUGACGCCGCAACGAAAGCAAAAAAACUCCCCCGGAUGAGUCAGAAGGCUGGACCGGCUCCAGGUCCAUUUUGCGCCAAAUGCAGUCUGCUGGAACGGCAGCUUCAAAUGCAGAGUGAAGAACUGCAGAGACUGAAAGAAGAUUACAGAAUGCAAAAAGAGAGACUGCAAGAAGAGCUACAGAAGAAGAAAGAAGAGGAUGAAUGAGAGACCAUAAGCCCUUCUUCGUUCAAUUUUAAUGCACAAAUAUUAAUAAAGUUGUGUUUCAAUUACACUGUGUGACACACUGCUUUGCUCGCUAAGGUUUUUUUUUUGAGGAUCAUCUUUAUGAUAUUAUGAUGCCUUUCCCCCAUGAUCGCAAUUUUAUUUAUUUUUUGCUGUUGCCUCACAUUGCUGGCAAAAACGUGGUUGCACCCACUCUCCUUGUGGAAUUUUUCUUAAAGCAUCAGAAAUCUUUCACUUUGUGUGUAUGUAGACUACAUCCACUGUAUGCACAUACUGCGUUUUACUUGUCCAUCUAACAAGUGUAAGUUUUUUUUUCU